AUGGGGUUGUGGUCGAAGCUGGGAAGACUUGUCCACUAUGGCGUCGAUGCCAUCCUCAGUAGGUCUUACUCUCAAGCAACAAUAUACCUCGCCGCCGUCGCGACAGUUUCGGCUGACCCCUCUGCCUUCCCCACAGUCUCGACCAUCCUCGCCGGAAUCCGACGCUCUACCGGCUUGACGCCUAGUUUCAAGUCCGAGAAGAUUGCAGGUGAUAGCAACGAGACACAGAAGUGGGUUAGCCGGUACCUGGCCGUCGGCGAGACGGCUAUGGACUGGGCUGUUGUGACCGCCGGCCAGAGCGGCUGGUUCGAGCGGAACAGGUAG